CCAUGGGAAAACCGUCCGUUUUCAGUCACCUCAGUGCUCUGCAUAAACAUUCCUUCUGCGGCUUCUUGCGCAGACAGGAUGACAUAACCUUACGACGUGGCGGAGGUGAUGUCAUUAGUUAGAAACAUGUCCGACAGGAAGCUCAGAAGUGAGUUGAUAACCCUUGGCUACAUUCCGGGGCCCAUAACAGAUAGUACUCGUGGGGUCCUGGAGAAGAAGCUCGAGAAGCUACGGUCGGAGGCUAGAAGCGAAAAUGCCACAAAAAUCCGGCGCCGGGAGCCACAGGUUGACAGCAGUGCUGAAGAUGAGACUUGGGAGACUCUGACAUCUGACCGGCGGAGACAGUCUCAUGAACAGCCUCCUAAAGAGAGAGUGUCCUGGAACACUGUGCUGGAAGAGCGCAGCUGGAGGGGAGAUGGGCAUAGGAGAGCCAAUGAGAGCAGCAUCUUACCUGCUCACAUUGAGGAGAGUGGCCCGCAGAAUACCUCCCUUGCUUACAAUAGGUAUUCCACUGACAUCCCUGAGAGAAGCUCCACUGGUUAUAAUAGGUAUUCCACUGAUGUCCCUGAGAGAAGCUCCACUGGUUAUAAUAGGUAUUCCACUGAUGUCCCUGAGAGAAGCUCCACUGGUUAUAAUAGGUAUUCCACUGAUGUCCCUGAGAGAAGCUCCACUGGUUAUAAUAGGUAUUCCACUGAUGUCCCUGAGAGAAGCUCCACUGGUUAUAAUAGGUAUUCCACUGAUGUCCCUGAGAGAAGCUCCACUGGUUAUAAUAGGAUUUCCGGUGACGAGCUGAGGUACAGACCGAUAAGUGACAGCAUCAGGGACCAGAGGAAAAGUCCAUAUAUCUCCAGCAGUAGGUCCUCGCUAGACUCUUUAUCUCAUCUGACAUAUGCUGGCCUAAAGCAGGAAAAAAUUUCACAUUUGAAACCAUCCUGGUCUAAAAAGCUAGAACAUUACUUGUCAAGACUGCUGCGGUUGCUGUGUGUGGUCCUGGUUCUGGUCUUCUCUGGUAUCCUAAUUAUGAAGAGUGGCAUCUUGAGUACAUCUCAGGACGAUGGCAUGAAACUGCUUCCUUCUGACUGUGAAGGCAGACAAGAACUGUUUUGCAAAGCUAAGCAAAAGGAAAUUACACUCCGAAUCUUGUCAGAAUUGUAUGAUUUUUUGUCCUUACAGGCAGGCAGUUUUGAGUGUGGAAACCCAUCUGGUCUGAGCAGUAAAUGUGUUCCAAUAAACACAGCAAAAGAGCAUGUGCUGAACGUUAGUGGAUUUGCAGCAGAAAAAUUUGACGCUGCCCUGGAAUGGAUGCUGAGCAGUGACAAACACCUUGGCAUAUGGGCAAAGGGUGAGGGCACUGAAGAGUGUGUCACAUUGCGUGCUGAUGUCUUUUGUGUUGAAUCAUCUCGGCCAAGACUUGGAUUAAUUUGUCGACUGAAGAAUGCACUUUACACAGCAAUUUCAAAUCUCUUUUUGGCUCUUCUUGGUAUCUUCAUGCUUUGGAUAAUAUUGAUUUUCCUGAGAUAUCAUUGGCAGAGGUUGGAAGAAGAGGAGAAGCAGAUGUUUGUGAUGGUAGAGAAAAUCAUUGAUGUUGUGAAUCAUCAUUACAAGGACUGGACUUUGGGACAAGAGCAGAACCCAUACAUUGGUAUCUUGCAUGUCAGAGAUUCAUUGAUAAAGCCUCAAGAUAGGAAACAUUUAAAGAGAGCCUGGGAUCGUGCAGUACAAUUUGUUGAAGAUCAUGAAUCCCGUGUCCGUACCGAACUGCAGCGUGUAGCAGGAGCCGAUUUGAGGGUUUGGCGAUGGACGCAAACACGGAAUGAACGUCUAAGAUGAACUAUGUAAAUGAUGGGUCUUAUGCAUUGGUCUUGGUGCUCUGCAGCAGUUUGUUUUAGUUGUUGUUCAGCUUUCACAAAAGUUGAUACUAGUUGAGAUGUGGAUACCAUAAAACUAAGAAUAUUACAUGAGAAUUAUAAAUGCUGAAAAAAUGUCUGUGCUUUUGUAUAGCAUACAACAUUAUACAUAUAUUUUUACAGUUUUUUUUCCCACUGCAGAAAGUUAAAACUGCUGUAAAUUUGUAGAAUUUUUAAAAUAUGUUGUAUUGCACUAAAUACUUCUGAAAGUGUUCAGUUAUGAAGUCUGAAAUAAUUCCCUCCUGCAUCUUAAACCAACUGUGGUAGUUUUGAGACUCUUGAAAUCCUCUGCUCUUUCUGGGCCUUCUUGUAUAAUAAAGGUGCCAACCACCAUACUAGCUUGUGAUCCCCACCCCUCCAUUAGACCCUCUGCUGCUGUAUAAGUCUAAUUGCUUUGAGUAGGAAAGCUUUGGGGGGAGGGGGGAAUGAAGGGGUGGUGUAUGAAAUGUUGUAAGUCGUUGCAAAGGCUCAUGGGAGAUCUAGACACUUGCUGUCUUCUCACUUGGCUAAUACCCCCCCCCCUCCCCCCUCGUUCUGGACAGUGGUUAUUAUCCCACACAGCAGAGAUGUUAAUAAGCAGCAGCAUAGAGGCAGACAAUUCAAUUAUUGGAGAAUAACACCACACCUGCAGUACAAGAAUUACCGUAACAUUUUCAGUGCCAGUUCUAUAUUUUAUAUUCAUGUGCUCUGGCUGCAAAUUCCUUUUUGAGUAAUAAUGAAGCUUAGCUGCACAGAAAAAGACAAAUGUUUUCAUAAUCUUUACUUUGCUGUAUCACAUUAAAUAAAUGUCAUGUUUAUGCUU